AUGUGGCUCCUCGUCCCAGAGGUCGCAGAAGGGUGCUCCAUCGGAAUCGGACCGGAGGAAGAGACGACGCGGAUGUCUUCCAUCUCUGCACUCCUUGACAAGUUCGACAACAUGUCUCCUCCGCCGCGCUCAUCGUACACUCCUCCUCCCUACCUCGACGACGAGUACAGGGACGCCGAAGCUAUACUGCAGGACAGGUUCGACUGGUCGACUCUAGUCCUCAACCCGCCGUCCGUGGAAGAAGGACGCAAACACGUCGUGAAGCGCGAUUCGUGCACGAUUCACCCUCCUCCCUGUGUCGAAAAAGAAGCAAUGCAGCCAUCCCCGACCGCUUAUACCACACCUAUUCCGGGUCCUUCCAGCGUGGCCAGACCCACAGACAGCGCGGACGCUGCAUCGUCUCCUACGCGCGAGACCGAUACUGAGGAUGACGACGGCUUCGACUUCAAUUUCGACUUCAAUCUCGAUUUCAUGUGGAGGUCGGACAGCGAGGAGAGCGACGAUGGGCUUACUGACGCUGAGGAUGAUGAACCCGAGGGCAGGUCUUCGGGGUUAGCUAAUAGAGCUUCAGGAGGACGUAGGCAUCGACACAACCACCUCAACGCCCUCGCGGUCGUGGCGCCUUUCAACCCCGGAGGUGCUCAGCCCAAGCUCCAGUUCCACAAGCCCGUGGCUCUUGCACCAGUCGCUUCGCACUUCAACGCAUCUGUGCCCAUCCUAGGACCUCCAUCCAACCUUCGAUCAUCCGCACGCCUUAGGGAGAAGAGGAAGCGGGAGAAGAUUGAAGACGAAUACGAGAAGGAGAAUGUUCCCGUAGGCGAGCAUGCUUACGACGUGGACGAAAACGCCGAUUCGUCCGAGCCUGGUCCUUCACGUCCUGCCAAACGGCGCAGAGUUGUGUUCAACCAAGCAGAGGAAGAAGUCGAGAACGAGGGCGAAGAAGAGGAAGACGUCGAUGCUCAAAGCUACCAAGAGGACGCAGCCCAUGGCGAGGAGCCCACGCAAGCCUCGGCUACCACGGCACAGAAGUGUCUGCUCGACGGGUGCCAGUACGAAUUGUCGGGGAACUACUACGAGGACUGGGACCACAUGUUGGAUGCGGAUCAUUUCAACCAAAACGCCGAUGGUCGAUAUCCGUGCACGUAUCGCCACUGCCCUGGCUUUAAGAAAGUCUCGGGAUGCAAACAGAAGCAAGCCGUCCAAAGGCAUGUCAUGUCUGAACAUUGGUUCGACAAGGUCUGGUGUACCUGGCCGGAUUGCACCAAGUUCUAUUACAGGGAUGACUUGCUAAAGAAGCACAUGAAGAAGCACACGACGUAG